AAGUGAAGUCGAAGUCGCAAGCGGAAAUUCCACUUUGUGCGUUGAGCGAAAAACGCUACAGGCAAUACAAGAAAAAAAAAUAGAAAAACGAAGACGAAUUAAAUACGAAAAACAUAUACGAAUGUGUAUAAAACCUAACUGUAGUUUGAUGUAUAACUUUUAAGGACUUUUACGCGUUGAAGCCUCGAUUCGGCGAAAACUUUUAAGUUUUUCGUGUGACAUUUUUUUUUGUUGCCUUUUGUUUUUUUGAAUAAACCCAUUGAACAACGUUCGUGCGCCGUGCAGUUAGUGUAUUAGCGCACACGAGGGAGUCAAAACUUUAGCAGCCAGUUAGAAAAUUACAUAUAAAGAAAACAGUAGCACACAAGUAAAAAACAUUUACACAACAACUACAAAUCAACACUCAAUACGUCUUUGGGCAACGCAUUGUAGAAGAAAAUUGCAGGAAAUUGCAAAAUUUGCAAAUCAAAAACUCCUUUAAAGCUCUCUGAUAUAACAUAUAGAUUGCCAUAUAUGUACGUACGUACAUAUGUAGACGUCAAGCAAGGCGAUCGCUGCCAAUCGUUUAUGAACUGAAGCGCUUGUGAAUCGAGUGCAAAUGAGUGAUUGAACAGCGGCUCAGCGGCAGCCACCAACAGAGUGCGGUAACUGCACAAAAUGUUGGCGAGACACAUAGCGCCUUAGUUGCUAGAAACAGCCGAUAUACGCUAUUUAAAAUAAGCAAACACAACAAACACAGACACAUACACAUUUAGACUACAAACAACGAAAAAGACAAAGGCAAAUACAAUAAAUAAACAGAAUUGUGCAAAACACGCUCAAGGUGCGCGAGUGGAGCGUUAAAGUGUCAAUUACAAACGGCAAAGUGUUGCUUAAGUAACAAAAACAACAGCAACAAUAAUAACGAAGUUCAUAAUAAAUUCGAAGCGACAAACAACAGCUCGAAAACAACGACGAAAAAUAACAAAGAAAAAAUAUUUUUCUCUCAAAUAAAAAAAAAAAAAAAUACAAAAACUUACAACAGAAUGUUGUCACACACAAUCCUGCUCGCGCUGCUGCUAUGCUGCCAACAGCUAAGCACCGCCCGGACGACACGCCUGCCACUGGAGGUGUACGAGCUGACGGCGGCCGCCGCAGCCAGCGCAACGGCGACAGCAACCGCCAACAGCGCGCCCGAUGACGGCAGCGCCGAUACGCGACACAGAAAUUUGGAAUAUGCCACAGUCAAUGCGAAGAUGUUGCAGCAAGCAGCAGCAGCAGCCAGCGGUUCGGCGGUGUCAGCGACAACAACAACAACAGCAACGCACCCCGCGACGAUUGCAAUGGAUUCACAUCAUGCGGCAGCAGGUGCGCCGUCCGCACACCAACACACGCCACAACAACAGCAGCAGCAACAAGCGAAGCAACAGAGCGAUCUGAUUGUGGAUCAGCGCCGUUCGCGUCAGAUGUUGGAGAUCAUCGAGCAGCAGCACAAUUACCAUCGCGAAACUCUGUUGCAGCAACAACAACAGCAGCUAAAGCUGUCCAAAACCGCCAGUCCUUUCGCAGUAUACGAAAAGGAGAACAACAGUUAUAACCGGCAGAGACACGGCGCUGCUCGUGCGAGCAUACAGGAUGUACGUGUGCUUUACCAAGUCGGGGACUCUGAAGACGAUCUGCCGCUGUGUGCGCCCAACGCCGUUUGCUCCAAGAUCGACUUGUACGAGACGCCGUGGAUCGAGCGCCAAUGCCGCUGCCCCGCAGUAAAUCGCCAGCCACACAUUGUGCUGCACCACCACGCCCACCACAGCGCCGGCGAUGCAGGCGGACUGACGUCACAUGCCGCUACUGCUGCCGCCGCGCACGACAAAUACCGAAGUUACUAUGAGCGGGAGCGCCUCUUGCAGCAUAAACGACUGCUGGUUGGCGAAUACAAUGACAAGAAAUUCGAGCAACUGCAUUUGAAGAAGUUAAUGCAGCGUCUGGGCGCGGUCUACGAAGAGGACUUGCACCUGCCACCUAAUGAUUUUGCGGCAGCAUCAGUCGCGUCACAUAGCGAGGACAACGAUGCGCUGCCGAAUUCACAAGAGGAUGAGUUGCUGAGUGAGCUGAGCGACAAUGAGUUUCCACAUAUGCCUUCGCGUCGUAAUUACUACAGCGUUGAGCCGAGCACGGCGCAUAUGCGGCACUCGGGUCACAAUGGACAUCGUGCGAAGGAGCCGAUCAACUACAUUGGUGGCUGUCCCAGUGGUUUGGGUGUGGAGGAUGGGCACACCAUUGCCGAUAAGACGCGUCACUAUAAGAUGUGCCAACCGGUGCACAAAUUGCCCGUCUGCAAGCAUUUUCGCGACUAUACGUGGACGCUUACCACUUCGGCGGAGCAGAAUGUGACCGAGCAGAUAGUGCAUUGCCGUUGCCCGAAGAACUCGGUGACAUAUUUGACGAAGAGAGAACCGGCGACAGAUGGCGCCAGUGGCUACACAUACCUCUUUGCAUGUUCACCCAUAACACGCAUUCGCUGCCAACGCAAGCAACCCUGCAAACUUUUUACGGUACGAAAGCGUCAGGAGUUCCUCGACGAAGUAAACAUCAAUGCGCUAUGUCAGUGUCCGAAGGGCCAUCGUUGCCCCAGCCAUCACACACAAUCGGGCGUUAUACCCGGCGAGAGCUUCCUGGAGGACAACAUCCAAACCUAUUCGGGCUACUGCAUGGCCAACGAUUGAUGGUCUUCGGCGGCACCGAUGGGCAAAACACGACAACAACGAAAGCGAAAAUUCAAAAAACAUAAAAA